AUGGGGCGCGGGGCCCCCCUCGGACGGUGCCUGCUGCGGGCGGCGCUGUUGCUCGCCCUCUGCCCCGGCGCCGCCGGCGGCACCUGGACGUGGCUGGGCAUCGCCGCCGCCGGCGGUCCGGAGAAAACGGGGUGCCCCAGCCCGCCGCUGAGCCCCCGGCAGCAGGAGCUGUGCAGGGAGAAGCCGGAGCUGGUGCCAGCCAUCCGGGAGGGAGCGAGCCUCGGCCUCCGCGAGUGCCGCAGCCAGUUCCGACACGAGCGCUGGGACUGCCGCCCCCCGCCCGCAGCCUUCGGGCAGCAGCUGAGCAGCGGCACGAAGGAGACGGCGUUCAUACAUGCGGUGACGGCGGCGGGCCUGGUGCACGCCGUGACGCGGUCCUGCAGUGCGGGCAACGUGACCGAGUGCUCCUGCGACACCAGCCUGCAGAGCGGCGGCUCGGCCAGCGAGGGCUGGCACUGGGGUGGCUGCUCGGAUGACAUCCACUACGGGAUGUCAUUCAGCAGGAGGUUCCUGGACGUGCCCGUGAAGAACGUAACGGGCAAGAGCGGGAGUGGGCUGGCAGCGAUGAACCGGCACAACAACGAGGCUGGGAGGCAGGCAGUAGCAAAGCUGAUGUCAGUGGACUGCCGCUGUCACGGUGUAUCUGGGUCCUGUGCUGUGAAGACGUGCUGGAAAACCAUGUCCUCCUUUGAGAAGAUUGGCCGGUUUUUAAAGAAUAAGUAUGAAAACAGCAUACAGAUAUCAGACAGACUGAAAAAAAAGUUACGCAGGAAAGAGAAAAGCCAGCGAACAAUACCAAUCCAGAAGGAAGACCUGCUGUAUGUGAACAAAUCGCCCAAUUACUGUGUAGAAGAUCAAAAGCUGGGAAUCCCUGGGACUCAGGGGAGGGAAUGCAACCGCACAUCGGAGGGACCCGACGGCUGCAACCUCUUGUGCUGUGGGCGCGGGUACAACACCCACGUGGUCAGGCACGUGGAAAGGUGCGACUGCAAGUUUGUCUGGUGCUGCUAUGUGCGCUGCCGGCGGUGUGAGACCAUGACUGAUGUACAUACCUGUAAAUAA